UCUGAUUGGCCCGAAGGUGAGCGUCGUGUCGCGCCCAAAGCGGAAGGGAUCACUUCUUGAUUUUGUUGCAGCUGCUGCGAGCUGCUGUGAUGGGACAGAAUAUGGUGUAGUAACUGAAAUAUAACGGUCUUUCCAAGCUUCUUUUUAAGCACAAACCCACUUUUAUGAGUAGAUAAAGUGUCCGACGGAGCCGACGAGAUGAUUUUGGCGGCGUACUUGUUUUUCUCGGUGUUUUUGUCGGCCGGAGCAGCUAAGAUUGGAGGGGAUGACGACUGGGUUCAUCUUGCUAACAAAUGUGAAGUCUGUAAGUUUGUCAGCAUCGAGAUGAAGUCGGCUUUCGAUGAGACAGGGAAGACCAAGGAAGUCAUCGACACGAACUACCGCUUCAUAGACGGCAAGGGGGCGCCGCCAGUCAAAUAUGUCAAGUCAGACCUCAGAUUCAUCGAAGUUGUAGAAAAUGUGUGUCAGAGGCUGUUAGAGUACAAUCUACACAAGGAGAGAAGUGGAAGUAACCGCUUUGCCAAGGGCAUGUCCGAGACCUUUUCCACGCUUCACGGUUUGGUGAAUAAAGGUGUGAACGUGGUGAUGGAUAUUCCCUUCGAGCUGUGGAACGAGACUUCGGCGGAAGUGGCCGAUCUUAAAAAACAGUGCGACGUGAUGAUAGAGGAGUAUGAGGACGUGAUUGAGGACUGGUACAGAGGAAGCCAGGAGGAAGACCUGACCAAGCAUUUGUGUGAGAAACACGUUCUGAAAGGACAAGACGCAGCCUGUCUGAACGAGAACUGGACCCCAAAGAAGAAGGGAGACCAGGCAGCCAUUGCGGAGGACAAGAAGAAGAAGAAAAAGAAGAAGGGAGGGAAGAAGGGAGAGGGAGGAGACGGCGGCUCGGAGGGAGAGAAGGCGACCAAGAAGAAGAAGGAGAAGAAGGUGAAGAAGAAGAAAAAGCGCAAAGCUCCGGUGGAGAAGACAGACGGAGGGGUGUCGUCGGACGAGGAGAUCCAGCCACAGAUGCCUCUGUCUGGGCAGAAGACGGAGCUGUGAGCCCUGGGUCCUGUCUGGAUCUGGAUCAGCUCUCCUAUUCAAAACUAAAUGCUUUGGGGGGGGGGGGGAAAGCAGGAAGCAGUCUGCAGCUUCUCGAAAAGUCUUUGUCAAACUGAGGUUCAAGUUGCUGAUUUUGCUAAACGAGAUCUUGUACUGUUACGCGGUUUUAAAAGUUUUUUUUUUUCAGUUUCUGACGGAAACAUGUUGCUGUUUCUUGGUGUGUUAGAAGUCAGCCACAUCGUCAAAAUCUAUAACCAAUUAUCCAAACUAUAGAGCUUUUAAGGUUUACUUUUGUGAUUAUUGGGCAUGGGUGUUUUGAAAUUUCAUGUCAAUGGAACUUGCAGGCACCCCUUUUAACAAUCGUUUCUAUCAUUUAUGAUGACAUCACACUCUCUAAAUGAACUGCUGAGAUCUGGGAGGGUGUUGCCAUCACUACGAUAAAGUCCACAGGACACAAAACGAGCAGUCACACCAUCAGACUGGUCGUAAACGGCAAUCUUAUACGCAAUCGGGACGUCACUCUGUGCGAUUACACAACUGCAAAAAUUGUGCAAUUUAAGUAAAUAAAAAGGUGUGCUGUGUGCGUGACACUCUGUGUGCACUGCAGUUUCCACGUUGCAACAGCCUUCACUUUACCGACAGUAUGUACAACAGAUGAAGCCACCGUGUCUUAAGAAGCUUGGUGUUUACUGUUAACUCACUUUACAUUGUCUUUGCGGUCUCUUUUUCCUCUCGCUUUUCAAAAUUUGAGUAGUUUAUUUUCUGCAUUUUCUUUGAUAAUCAAGUAAACUCACCUUACAUCUGUGUUUUUCUGGUUGUAAAUGGAAUAUCUUUCUUUUUUUUUUUGGACUACAGCUGUGAUUCAAGUCCAAAAAUAUCAGUGACCCUACAUGAACCCCUGCAUAGAUCUGUCCGAGCCCACCCGUGCUCCGAGCCGCAGCAGCAGUUUUUGGCCCGAGCCCGCUUAAAAACCUGAAUAUACACUGCUUUUUUAUCUAUUUGUGUAAGUUCAAUAGAUAUCCAGAAGAUGGCAGUCACAUACAGUGGUACACACACACCAUACAUUUUCCAUGACAUUACACGGACUAUAACUUAAAAAAAGAAAGAAAUUUUGACAUUUGUGCAAACCCGACCUGAUUCAAGCCUGGGGGAAUUUUGCUCAGGCCCAAUCGGCUUUGGGCAGAGAAUCAAAGCUCUAUCAAUCUGAACAUGCCACAGUGGUUUCUAGGAGCAUGUGAUUUUCACCAUUUAACAUUUUAUGAACUAAAUAAUGUAUCAUUAGUUGCGGAUCUCUAAAAGGUUCCUCUUCUGUGAGACAGUGUUGACUGCCUGUUGGGUCUCACAGUGCUGUAUGCCAACGAUCACAGUACGUAGAUGGUUUUGGAGAACUUGACCCUCUGAGCUCCAGAUCUAGAAGGGAAUUCAGUUUUUUCUUUUCUGGUCACUUGAAUGUAGAUGUAGAUUUGCAGUGGGACUUCCAUGCUGUAUUACCCCAUAAUGUGAAUUUGUAUGUUGUCCACAUUGCUACUGUUUUAAAAACUCAUGUAUUUCCUGGCAUAUUCAUUCCAUCUGAAAACCGUGACUUUUAAAUGAUUUGUUUUUGGUUAAUUUAUUAUUUAAGACCUCUCAGAUUGUUUUUCCUGAGGCAGUCAACACUCUACAUGAAACACAUAUAUGUCCAAAUAGAGAAUUGCUUUUCCUGUAAAAUAUUUUUAAUAUUGUUAUAUUUGGAAUCAGUAGAGGAAACUAAAGUGAUGCAACCAGAUAAUAACUUUUUCUUGCCCAUAUUUGCUCCCCUUUAAUGUGUAAAUACAUGUGAGGUACCCUUUUUGUGUGUGUGUGUGUGUGUGUGUGUGUGUGUGUGUGUGUGUGUGU